UCUAACCUUACGUGCCGGCGUCAGUUCAAAUAAAUUGUCAUAGAAUAAACUGCUAUAUCGCUGCGAUUAAAAACACGUGCUAAUAACCCACGCUAGUCAUUAAACCAGUGAAUAAUAAAAGUUCCGUUAAACCAGUAUUACAUUUAAUUGUGAAAUAACCAAGAUGCCUGAAGAGAUGCAGACCCAAGCCGAGGUGGAGACCUUCGCCUUCCAGGCGGAGAUCGCCCAGCUCAUGUCACUUAUCAUCAACACAUUCUACUCCAACAAAGAGAUUUUCCUUCGUGAAAUAAUUUCCAACUCAUCUGACGCAUUGGAUAAGAUCCGUUAUGAAUCACUCACAGACCCAUCAAAAUUGGACAGCGGUAAGGAAUUGUACAUCAAGAUCAUCCCCAACAAGAGCGAAGGUACGCUGACCAUCAUUGACACAGGUAUUGGCAUGACUAAAGCCGAUUUAGUCAACAACUUGGGUACCAUCGCGAAGUCUGGCACCAAGGCGUUCAUGGAGGCACUGCAAGCUGGUGCAGACAUCAGCAUGAUCGGUCAGUUCGGUGUUGGUUUCUACUCGUGCUACUUGGUCGCCGAUCGUGUCACUGUCCACUCCAAGCACAAUGAUGAUGAACAGUACAUGUGGGAGUCUGCAGCGGGUGGUUCAUUCACCGUUCGACCUGACCACGACGAGCCAUUGGGGCGUGGCACAAAAAUCGUAUUGCACAUCAAGGAAGACUUGGCAGAAUACUUAGAAGAGCACAAGAUAAAGGAAAUAGUAAAGAAACACUCUCAGUUCAUUGGUUACCCAAUCAAGCUUGUCGUUGAGAAGGAACGUGAAAAGGAGCUCUCUGAUGACGAAGCCGAAGAGGAGAAGAAAGAGGAAGAAGGUGAAGAAGACAAGCCUAAGAUCGAGGAUGUAGGUGAGGACGAUGAGGAGGACAAGAAAGACAAGAAAAAGAAGAAAACUAUUAAAGAAAAAUACAGCGAGGAUGAGGAGUUAAACAAAACUAAACCUAUCUGGACAAGAAAUGCUGAUGACAUCACCCAAGAAGAGUAUGGUGACUUCUACAAGUCCCUCACCAAUGACUGGGAAGAUCAUCUGGCCGUCAAACACUUCUCUGUGGAGGGUCAGCUCGAGUUCCGUGCUCUCCUCUUCGUGCCACGCAGGGCUCCCUUCGACCUCUUCGAGAAUAAGAAACGGAAGAACCACAUCAAGCUGUACGUCCGCCGUGUCUUCAUCAUGGACAACUGCGAGGAACUCAUUCCCGAGUACCUCAACUUCAUCAGGGGUGUGGUAGACAGCGAGGACUUGCCUCUGAACAUUUCCCGUGAGAUGCUGCAACAAAACAAAAUCCUCAAAGUUAUAAGAAAGAAUUUAGUAAAGAAAUGCCUAGAGCUGUUCGAAGAGUUGGCAGAGGACAAAGAAAAUUAUAAGAAAUUCUAUGAACAAUUUAGCAAGAACUUGAAACUUGGUAUCCAUGAAGAUUCACAGAACAGGUCAAAACUGGCCGACUUGCUCCGUUACCACACAUCUGCAUCUGGUGAUGAAGCAUGCUCUCUAAAGGAGUAUGUAUCUCGCAUGAAGGAUAAUCAGAAACACAUUUACUACAUCACUGGUGAGAACCGUGACCAGGUAGCCAACUCAUCAUUCGUGGAGAGGGUUAAGAAACGAGGCUAUGAAGUAGUCUACAUGACUGAGCCCAUUGAUGAAUAUGUAGUACAACAAAUGAGGGAAUAUGAUGGAAAGACCCUUGUUUCUGUUACAAAGGAGGGUCUGGAGCUGCCUGAAGAUGAAGAGGAGAAGAAGAAGCGUGAGGAAGACAAAGUUAAGUUUGAAAACCUCUGCAAAGUCAUGAAGAACAUCUUGGACAACAAAGUUGAGAAAGUGGUUGUUUCCAACCGCCUUGUAGAGUCUCCUUGCUGCAUUGUUACGGCCCAGUACGGCUGGACCGCCAACAUGGAACGUAUCAUGAAGGCUCAGGCUCUGAGGGAUACUUCCACUAUGGGUUACAUGGCAGCCAAGAAGCACCUCGAAAUUAAUCCUGACCAUUCCAUUGUAGAAACUCUGCGACAGAAAGCUGAGGCUGAUAAGAAUGACAAGGCAGUGAAAGAUCUGGUCAUCCUAUUAUACGAGACUGCUCUCUUGUCUUCUGGCUUCACACUUGAUGAGCCUCAGGUCCAUGCUUCCCGCAUCUACCGCAUGAUCAAGCUUGGUCUUGGAAUUGAUGAGGACGAGCCCAUCCAGGUUGAGGAGUCUAGCGCUGGUGAUGUGCCCCCGCUGGAAGGUGAUGCUGAUGAUGCAUCACGCAUGGAGGAAGUUGAUUAAAUCUCUUUACCGCCUAUAGAUAAGUUGUGUAUGUGAAGUUUUGUGCACUGGUGUACAGCCAAAGACUGAUUUAGUUCAAAAAAUUCCAUUAUUGAAAAUAAAUGGUAAUGUUAAAUAAUUUA